AUGCAACACUCUGGUUCUUCCGUCACGAAUCCGUCCGAGUCUGGACUGUUGGUUCAUGGAGAUGAAGAACUUCGUCCGUUGACAGCCACGCCUUUUUCCUCCUCGUUGGAAGAUCCAUUAUCAUCAGGUCAACUCAAUUCUGGGGAACAACCACAAGAUGAAAAUCCUCCCCGCCUCAUGCUAGUCAUUUGUUUGUUACAAGGUUUGAUUUAUCCCAUGAUUUUCAAUAUUUUCAUCUUGUCUUGGGACUAUUUCAUGUAUCUGAAUAACGAGGCUGAAAUUACUUCUCGUGCAUUGCUGCUCUCUGCACUUGGAAUUGGUCAUGCUGUCUUUUUAUCGGUCUAUUGGGUAAUUUGCUUGUUUAGGAGUGGAAAACAAGCUGAUAACCGAUGGAUGAUGGCCAUUCUCACUGGAUUUCCCCUUGUUGUAUCAUGUAUUUUAUGGUUAGUGGCAAUUCUAUUCAGAACGAAUGAUUUUUACAGCAUCGCUCCUCUCUUCUUCUUGGCAUUGGGUCUCUGCAUGUCCUGCUGGAAUAGUCAGAUCUGGCUUGCUGUUCGAGUGUUACCUAUGAAGUGUAUGCGUGCAGUUGUUUAUGGCAUUGAAUGCUCUGGAUUUAUGUUUGGUGUUUUACGUUUGGCAACAAAAUAUGGAUCUCUAUUGAUUUCUGUCAAUGAACAAGCUAGUAAUAACGAAUUCAUCUUUUUGAUGGUCUUUUUGACCAUGUGUUACGUAAUAGCCUUUGCCAUGACCAUUCCUUUUUUAUGGAUGCUUGUGAAAUCUGAGUAUUAUGUUACCAAAUGGAAUCAUUAUCAACAAGAAUUGGAAAUGGCGCUUGAAAAACAACGCGGAACGAAUUUGCAAACACAUUCAACUUCUGUGGCUGCUUCUAAUGAUGAACAGCAGACACAAUCAACUUCUGGUGCUACUUCUAAUCAAACCGAUUCUCAAAAUGUGUUCCUUCUUUCCUUUCCCUCCAACGUCAUCACAAGCCUUGUGUUUCCAGUCUUGUUGGUUUUUCUCAAAAGCAAUCUUUUAGUCUUCAAGAAUAACAUAUUUCCCAUUGUUCUCGUGACUGUGUUUGCUUUUACUGCCAUGAUGGGUUCGUUUACAUCUUUCAAUUGUGCCUUCCCAAGACGAUGGAUGAGCGUAUUGUUAGGUCUUUCACGAUUACCGUUGGUUCCGCUGUUCUUUCUAUUGUGUGGAGAAGUGGUUCAAUUUUUCAAUGAUCAUAUUGAAGUGAUUGCCUUAAUUAUAACCAUGCUCUUUUCAUUCUCUCAUGGUUAUUCUUCCACCUCCUUGUACUUGAGAACGUUUAAGGAAUAUUCUCAGAUUGAAGAUUACAAACGUAAGAGUGUUAUGUUUUCCUUCAAUAUUUUCCUUGUAGAGGCUUUUAAACUAUCGUUGGUUAUAAUUAGUGUCUUUCUGUUGACAAUUACCUUGUCACUAGUAAAAUAA